GCCGCCAUGCGCCUCCCCGCCGCCGCCCUCUGCCUCUGCCUCCUCGGCGCCUGCCGCCUCCGCCGGGGGCUGGAGGCAGCCGCCGUGCUCGGCCAGCCGGCGGCGUCCCCCCCGCGACCCUCGGCGGCCGCGCCUUCCUCCUCCUCCUCCUCCUCCUCCUCUUCCUCCUCCUCCUCCUCCGUCUCCUCCUCCUCCUCCUCCUCCUCCUCCUCCUCUCCGCCGCGCAACGGCACCGUGGUGCCCCACCACUACAUGGUGGCCCUCUACCAGCGCCUGGCCGCCCGCCGGGGUGCCGGCCGCCCCGCCGCCACGGUGACGGGCUUCGCGGAGCGGGGGCGCAGCGAUGCCUCCCUGUCCACCCCCGAGCAGCGGUACCUCUUUGACAUCUCCAGCCUGCCCGAGGCAGAGGAGGUGACGGGCGCGGAGCUGCGGGUCCUGCGCGCCCUCCCCGAAAACCGCAGCUUGGCCCUGUCCCCCGAAGGCACCUUCCACCACCUCCUCCUCUCCACCUGCCCCAGCCGCGACGGCGAGGAGCCCCGACUGCUGGACUCCAGGGCUGCAGACGUUUUGGACGCGGGCUCCUCCAGAUGGGAGGUGUUCGACGUCUGGGAAGCGCUGCGGGGCCGCAGGGAGAGGUCUCCGUCGGGCAAGCUGCUGUGCUUCCUGCUGAGGAUCGUGUCGGAUCACUCGGGGCGGCUCCUGCCCCCCCGGCAGCUGGGCUUCAGCAAGCCCCGGCCGCAGCCCCACGAGCGAGCCCUGCUCGUGGCCUUCUCCCGCACCCAGAGGAAGGAGAACCUCUUCAAGGAGAUCCGGGAUAAGAUCAAGGCUCUGGGCAGCCCCCCGUUCCUGGAGCCCCCCGAUCCCGGCCGGGAGGCGUACCCCAAGCGGAGGAAGAGGAGGACCGCUGCCGUCGCCGGCCGCGCCGGGGGCAGAGGCCACGGGAAGAAGGCCAAGACCCGCUGCAGCAGGAAGCCCCUGCACGUGAACUUCAAGGAGCUGGGCUGGGACGACUGGAUCAUCGCCCCCCUGGAUUACGAGGCGUAUCACUGCGAGGGGGUCUGCGACUUCCCCCUGCGCUCCCACCUGGAGCCCACCAACCACGCCAUCAUCCAGACCCUGAUGAACUCCAUGGACCCAGAGUCCACCCCCCCGAGCUGCUGCGUGCCCUCCAAGCUCAGCCCCAUCAGCAUCCUCUACAUAGACUCCGGGAACAACGUGGUUUACAAGCAGUACGAGGACAUGGUCGUGGAGACGUGCGGCUGCAGGUAGCAAUUUCUGCAGCUCUCCCCCUCCCUGCCCCGCCUGGCAGCCCCAUUUUAUAUAUAUAAGUAGAAAUAUAUAUAUAUAUAUAUAUAUAUAUAAAAUAUAUAUAUAUAUACAUACGCAUCCUGGUGUGUGCCUUC